AUGGCAGCCGCGCUGCUCGCCCGGGCCUGCGGCCCCAGCCUCCGAGCUCUGCGUCCUUGGGACUGGCGUCAGUUGCACACUAUCUACCAGUCUGUGGAACUUCCCGAGACGCACCAGAUGCUGCGUCAGACGUGCCGGGAAUUUGCCGAGAAGGAGCUGGUUCCCAUUGCCGCCCAGGUGGACAAGGAGCAUCGCUUCCCGACAGCCCAGGUGAAGAAGAUGGGCGAGCUCGGGCUUCUGGCCAUGGAUGUGCCCGAGGAGCUAAAUGGUGCCGGCCUUGAUUACCUGGCCUAUGCCAUUGCCAUGGAGGAGAUCAGUCGGGGCUGUGCCUCUACAGGAGUCAUCAUGAGUGUCAACAACUCCCUCUACUUGGGGCCUCUCCUGAAGUUCGGCUCCAAGGAGCAGAAGCAGCUGUGGAUUACCCCUUUUACCGGUGGUGACAAAAUUGGCUGCUUUGCACUCAGUGAACCAGGGAAUGGCAGCGACGCAGGAGCCGCCUCCACCACCGCCCGAGCGGAGGGCAACUCGUGGGUCCUGAACGGCACCAAGGCCUGGAUCACCAACGCGUGGGAGGCCUCCGCCACCGUGGUCUUUGCCAGCACAGACAGAUCCUUGCACAACAAGGGCAUCAGUGCCUUCUUGGUUCCCAUGCCGACGCCUGGGCUCACGCUGGGGAAGAAGGAAGACAAGCUGGGCAUCCGGGCCUCAUCCACGGCCAACCUCAUCUUUGAGGACUGCCACAUCCCCAAGGACAACCUGCUGGGGGAGCUGGGGAUGGGCUUCAAGAUAGCCAUGCAAACCCUGGACAUGGGGCGCAUUGGCAUUGCCGCCCAGGCCCUGGGCAUCGCCCAGGCCGCCCUCGAUUGUGCUGUGAACUAUGCCGAGAAUCGCAAGGCCUUCGGGGCCCCCCUCACCAAGCUCCAGAGCAUCCAGUUCAAGCUGGCGGACAUGGCCCUGGCCCUGGAGAGUGCCCGGCUGCUGACCUGGCGUGCUGCCAUGUUGAAGGAUAACAAGAAGCCUUUUACCAAGGAAGCAGCAAUGGCCAAGCUGGCUGCGUCGGAGGCUGCAACUGCCAUCAGCCACCAGGCCAUCCAGAUCCUGGGUGGCAUGGGCUACGUGACAGAGAUGCCGGCCGAACGGCACUACCGCGACGCGCGCAUCACUGAGAUUUAUGAAGGCACCAGCGAGAUCCAGAGGCUGGUGAUCGCUGGGCACCUGCUCAAGAGCUACCGGAGCUGA